UCCGUCCCACGCAGCAGCCCGCAGAGAACGGAGGCAGCCAGCACCACACUGGGCUUUGGAGACACUGCGGGGACUGUGGACCCCACCCCGCGGCACGGAGCUCCUGCAAAAGCGAACCUGAGACCCUUGGGUCCUCCCAGCGCCCAGCCAUGGGGGAACUGUGCCGCAAGGACUCCGCGCUCACGGCGCUGGAUGAGGAGACGCUGUGGGAGAUGAUGGAGAACCACCGUCACAGGAUCGUGCGCUGCGUCUGCCCCAGCCGCCUCACGCCCUACCUGCGCCAGGCCAAGGUGCUGUGCCAGCUGGACGAGGAGGAGGUGCUGCACAGCCCCCGGCUCACCAACAGCGCCAUGCGGGCCGGGCACUUGCUGGAUUUGCUGAAGACUCGAGGGAAGAACGGGGCCAUCGCCUUCCUGGAGAGCCUGAAGUUCCACAACCCUGAUGUCUAUAACCUGGUCACCGGGCUGCAGCCUGAUGUUGACUUCAGCAACUUUAGCGGUCUCAUGGAGACAUCCAAGCUGACCGAGUGCCUGGCUGGGGCGAUUGGCAGCCUGCAGGAGGAGCUGACCCAGGAGAAGGGGCAGAAGGAGGUGCUGCUGCGGCGGUGCCAGCAGCUGCAGGAGCGCCUGGGCCUGGCCGAGACCCGUGCCGAGGGCCUGCACCAGCUGGAGGCUGACCACAGCCGCAUGAAGCGUGAGGUGAGCGCACAUUUCCAUGAGGUGCUGAGGCUGAAGGACGAGAUGCUCAGCCUCUCUCUGCACUACAGCAACGCGCUGCAGGAGAAGGAGCUGGCCACCUCACGCUGUCGCAGCCUGCAGGAGGAGCUGUAUCUACUGAAGCAGGAGCUGCAGCGAGCCAACAUGGUUUCCUCCUGCGAGCUGGAAUUGCAAGAGCGGUCCCUGAGGACAGCCAGCGACCAGGAGUCCGGGGACGAGGAGCUGAACCGCCUGAAGGAGGAGAAUGAGAAACUGCGUUCGCUGACUUUCAGCCUGGUGGAGAAGGACAUUCUGGAGCAGAGCCUGGACGAGGCGCGGGGGAGCCGACAGGAGCUGGUGGAGCGCAUCCACUCGCUGCGGGAACGGGCCGUGGCCGCUGAAAAGCAGCGAGAGCAGUACUGGGAAGAGAAGGAACAGACCCUGCUGCAGUUCCAGAAGAGUAAGAUGGCCUGCCAGCUCUACAGGGAGAAGGUGAACGCGCUGCAGGCCCAGGUGUGUGAGCUGCAGAAGGAGCGAGACCAGGCAUACUCCGCAAGGGACAGUGCUCAGAGGGAGAUUUCCCAGAGCCUGGUGGAGAAGGACUCCCUCCGCAGGCAGGUGUUCGAGCUGACGGACCAGGUCUGCGAGCUGCGCACACAGCUCCGCCAGCUGCAGGCAGAGCCUCCGGGUGUGCUCAAGCAGGAAGCCAGGACCAGGGAGCCCUGUCCACGGGAGAAGCAGCGGCUGGUGCGGAUGCACGCCAUCUGCCCCAGAGACGACAGUGACUGCAGCCUCGUCAGCUCCACAGAGUCUCAGCUCCAGUCGGACCUGAGCGCCACGUCCAGCCGCGAGCUGGUGGACAGCUUCCGCUCCAGCAGCCCCGCGCCCCCCAGCCAGCAGUCCCUGUACAAGCGGAUGGUCGAGGACUUCGGGGAAGAACCCUGGUCUUUCAGCAGCUGCCUGGAGAUCCCAGAGGGAGACCCGGGAGCCCCGCCGGGAGCUAAGGCGGGCGACCCACACCUGGAUUAUGAGAUCCUAGACACGGCAGACCUUCCCCAGCUGGAAAGCAGCCUGCAGCCAGUCUCCCCUGGAAGCCUUGAUGUCUCAGAGAGUGCACAAGCCGGUCGUCUCCCGGCCUGCAGCAGCAUCCUCAUGCGGCGGCGGCCAGCCCGCAGGAUCCUGAGCCAGGUCACCGUGCUGGCGUUCCAGGGGGAUGCGUUGCUGGAGCAGAUCAGCGUCAUCGGCGGGAACCUCACGGGCAUCUUCAUCCACCGGGUCACCCCGGGCUCGGCGGCGGACCAGAUGGCCCUGCGCCCGGGCACCCAGAUUGUGAUGGUUGAUUAUGAAGCCGCAGAGCCCUUGUUCAAGGCAGUCCUGGAGGACACGACCCUGGAGGAGGCCGUGGGGCUUCUCAGGAGGGUGGACGGCUUCUGCUGCCUGUCUGUGAAGGUCAACACGGAUGGUUAUAAGAGGCUACUCCAGGAUCUGGAGGCCAAAGUGGCGACCUCGGGGGACUCAUUCUACAUCCGGGUCAACCUGGCCAUGGAGGGCAGGGCCAAGGGGGAGCUGCAGGUGCAUUGCAACGAGGUCCUGCACGUCACCGACACCAUGUUCCAGGGCUGCGGCUGCUGGCAUGCCCACCGCGUGAACUCUUACACCAUGAAGGAUACUGCCGCGCACGGCACCAUCCCCAACUACUCCAGGGCUCAGCAGCAGCUCAUAGCCCUCAUCCAGGACAUGACUCAGCAGUGCACCGUCACCCGCAAGCCAUCUUCUGGGGGACCACAGAAGCUGGUCCGCAUCGUCAGUAUGGACAAAGCCAAGGCCAGCCCUCUGCGUUCGUCCUUUGACAGGGGCCAGUUGGACCCCAGCAGGAUGGAGGGUGAGGCCUGGAUCCUCUCCUCCACAGGCUCCAGCGCGUGCUUCUGGGCCGAGAGCUGCCUCACCCUGGUGCCCUAUACCCUGGUACGGCCCCAUCGACCGGCCCAGCCCCGGCCUGUGCUCUUUGUGCCCAGGGUGGUUGGGAAGAUCCUGAGCGAGAAACUGUGCCUCCUCCAGGGGUUUAAGAAGUGCCUGGCAGAGUACUUGAGCCAGGAGGAGUAUGAGGCCUGGAGCCAGAGAGGGGACAUCAUCCAGGAGGGAGAGGUGUCCGGGGGCCGCUGCUGGGUGACCCGCCAUGCUGUGGAGUCCCUCAUGGAAAAGAACACCCACGCCCUCCUGGACGUCCGGCUGGACAGUGUCUGCGCCCUGCACAGGAUGGACAUCUUCCCCAUCGUCAUCCACGUCUCUGUCAACGAGAAGAUAGCAAAGAAGCUCAAGAAGGGCCUACAGCGGUUGGGCACCUCAGAGGAGCAGCUCCUGGAGGCUGCCAGGCAGGAGGAGGGAGACCUGGACCGGGCGCCCUGUCUAUACAGCAGCCUGGCUCCUGACGGCUGGAGCGACCUGGACGGCCUGCUCAGCUGUGUCCACCAGGCCAUCGCCGACGAGCAGAAGAAGGUGGUGUGGACGGAACAGAGCCCCCGGUGAUGCACCGUGCCCCUUCCCAGGACUGUGGGGGCCUCUGUGUGCCUGUUAAUGCAGUCCUGUUCCUCAGCCCAGGCCCUCUUGGCACAGCUGUGGGCUCCUUGGCACAUGAGUCUGGCUCUCCCCACUGGCUGGGAUCUAACCUUGAACCCUCACCACGUGCAGGUCGCACACGGUGAAGCCACUUGUAACUGCACACUUUUCUGUGGAAACAUCUUCACCCUUCACCAGGCUUGGCAUGGUCUGAACUGGAAACCCUGAGAAUGUUUCUGCAGCGGGACAGGAGGGACGUCUUCCAUGCCUUCCCUAGAACUGGAGGCCCUGGACCUCUCUGGAAAACUGCCUGUCUGCAGGCCCGAUUCAAAUCUAUGGGGGCUGCACUUCCCUUUUACAUUUUGAUGUGUCAAAGGCUCACUCCAAAAGCACAAAGGCAGUGGGUGGGGAGCCCGGGUGGCCCCCAAGGUCGCUGCCACCCUUGCCCGGGGCAGAGGCACAAGCCCACAUAUGCUGCGACCCCAGCCACCUUCUCUCAGCUUCUGAGGCUGCAACGCCUCAGGAACUCCAGUUUACAGAGACCAGUGUGUUUACUUGUAAAUAAAGCCUCUGGGUGGUGGAGACGGUACUUUCAGUGGGUCUGUGCCCCGUGGCCUCCGUGCCCGUUCGGUGGGGGUGUCCCGGAGAAGCCUGGCACCAGUACCCCUGUACAAGGCCCAGUAGACUCUGCCUUUCCUUGACCCGGCUUUGCACCCCAGCCCGUUUUGGGCCAAACAUCUUUACUCCACCUUCAGGGCUCGGGGAGGACCCAGGUCCCCCAGCACCUGCCCUUGCCCCUGCCUCCUGGGGCUGUUGCAGACUGAAUGUCAUUUUGACAGCAGUGUCCAAGAAUCAGGAAGCUGUUCUAGAAUUCAGGUUGGUAUCAUCAUAAACGAGUUCAGAAAAAGAACUUCUGUAUAUUUUACUAAAAUAAAAAGCUUUUACAAUA